GCAUCAGGUAAAAGCGAGUUAAAAAACCCCAGUAAAGAAGGCAGCCAACUGUUGCCGCUGGAGCGUGUGUGUGGGAAAUAGAAAGUAAUUCAGUAAAAUAGCUGGUCAAAUUAUGAAUCUGAAGCAACGCACUUUCCUCCUGGUGACCGGAGCCUCUCGUGGCAUUGGCCGGGAGUUUGCCCACCAACUAUCGGGACAAAUCAAGGCCAAGGGGUCCGUGGUCGCUCUUUUGGGACGAAACCAGGCCUUGCUGGAAGAGGCGAAGACGCAGAUCUUGAACUCGGAACCCAAUCUCGCUGUGCACACAUACUCGUUGGAGUUGAGUACAGCCAGAACAGAGGAUUUCACCAAGAUCCUGGAGACCGCCCGUGGCGGAAAUGGGGAUUUUGAGCGCGCCAUUGUGAUCCAUAAUGCCGGAACAGUGGGGGACACCUCUAAGCGGGCCAAGGAGAUCGGGGACACACUCUUCCUGCAGCAGUAUUACCACAUCAAUGUCUUCUCCGCCAUUGCCCUCAACUGCGAGUUCAUGCGGCUGUUCCAGGGGAUCCCCAAAUUGGUGGUUAACCUCAGCACUCUGGCAGCCAUUGCGCCCAUAUCCUCAAUGGCCCACUAUUGCACCGUGAAGGCCGCCCGCGAGAUGUACUUCCGCGUGCUGGCCACGGAGGAAGCAGCACCGGAAACCUUGGUGCUCAACUAUGCCCCAGGUGUCAUCGACACCCAGAUGACCGUCCAGGUUCAGCGCGAGGCCCACGAUCCUGCCAUAGUGGCCAUGUUCCGAGAGCAACGGGAGGGCAAAACCAUGCUGACACCAGCUCAAACUACGGCACGUUUCAUCCAGGUUCUGGAAGCCCAGAAGUUCAAGUCCGGGGAUCACGUCGACUACAGGGACGAAACAUAUUAGACCCUAAAAAUGAUAUUUUGGUAAUGGAAGUUUUGUUUAAUUAUACAUAUAAUAAAUGCAAUGCAGCUAAAUCUAAUUUAAGAAAUUAAAUUAAAAAAAAAACUUUGAAUUAAACUUGUACAUAUAUUUAAGGAGUUUCGGGCCCUUUACUGAUAAAAAUUAUAAAAAUCUUCAAUUGUACAACACAUAAAACACAUUUAACUUUUUGGAAAUAAGAAACCAUUACUGGCGGCUUUAACACGUAAAUUAGGGAAAACUGUGAAUGAAGAGUACAACGCACAUACUAUGAAUAUGCACACAUGUUUCUAGCCGAUAACAGAUCUUCUAAGCCAGCGAUAAUACUCUUCUUAUCAGUUUCUAUUGAAACCAAGAGUGUGCAGAGUUUCAAAAUAGGUUUUACGACCAAAUCUCAAAAAUCCAUUAAUUUAGCCAAGGUAUCACAAAAAUAAACAGGCACUGAACAUUUCCUUUGCCUUCCUUUCAUAUGCAAAAGCAAAA